GCAGUAGCCAUAAUAUAAAGUUGUAAUUAAAGAGUGAAAUUAUAAUUAUGAGUCCAUCAAAAAUAUAUACAAUUUCAAUAAUGCUUAUUUUGUUUUAUCAAAUUAGUGUUUAUUGUCAGCUUGAAGUUGGAUUUUAUGACAACUCCUGUACUUUAGCUGAAUUUAUUGUCAAAGGUGCUGUUAGAGAUGGUUUUGCUAAGGAUCGAGGAAUUGCUGCUGGUCUUGUUAGAAUGCAUUUUCAUGAUUGCUUUGUUAGGGGAUGUGAUGCAUCGGUACUUAUCGACUCCACUGCGACGAACAAGGCAGAAAAAGACUCUCCGACGAAUAAUCCUAGUCUGAGAGGGUUUGAAGUGAUUGACGAUGCCAAGUCUAGACUUGAAGAUGUUUGUGAAGGAAUCGUUUCAUGUGCUGAUAUAAUAGCAUUUGCAGCAAGAGAUAGUAUUGAGUUGACCGGAGGAGUUGGAUAUGAUGUACCAGCGGGAAGAAGAGAUGGCAGAAUUUCUGUAUCUUCGGAGACGUCCUCAAACUUACCUCCUCCAACAUUUACUGUGGAUCAACUCACACAAUCAUUUGCAAACAAGGGCCUCUCACAAGCAGAAAUGGUUACACUUUCCGGAGCACACACCAUAGGUCGAUCGCACUGCACUUCAUUCACCAACAGACUAUACAAUUUCAGUGCAACGGUUAGUCAAGAUCCAAGCUUAGAUGCCGCGUAUGCAAACAGGUUAAAGCAGCAAUGCCCAAAAGGUGGCCAAAACUCUAACUCAGUGGUUCCUAUGAACCCAUCGAGUCCAACCAUAACCGAUGCAGACUACUACGUAGAUGUCCUUUCGAACCGAGGGUUAUUCACUUCGGAUCAGGCUCUCUUGACCAACCCAUCUUCAGCAAGCCAAGUGGUUCAAAAUGCGAGAUAUCCUGUCCUUUGGAUGACCAAAUUUGGUGCAGCCAUGGUCAAAAUGGGUCAAAUUGAUGUGUUGACAGGUUCUGCUGGAGAAAUUCGAACUAAUUGUAGAGUGAUUAAUAGCCAUAGUUGAGCCGUUUUGGGGAAAAAAUAACGUGCAAAAGGAUUGUAUUGCCUCUUAACUUUUCAAAUUAUGAUUAUGAAUAAAUUAUGGUCUGUUUCUUGUGA